UCACUCACACUUCCUGUGUUCUAAGAGCUCAGAUUCUCAGCAGCUGGAUUGCCCUGGGCUGAGCUUCCCCCAUGGCUCCUGCCCUUCCCCUGUGUGUGUGUCUGCUGUUGGCCUCUGGCUUUGCCCAGGCAGGCAGGCUCUUGGUCGUGCCCAUGGACGGGAGCCACUGGUUCACCAUGCAGAUGGUUGUGGAGAAACUCAUCAGCAGAGGGCAUGAGGUGGUGGUAGUCAAACCAGAGGUGAGCUGGCAACUGGGACAAUCACUGAAUUUUACAGUGAAGACAUAUUCACUUUCUUAUACUUUGGAGGACUUAAAUCACGAGUUCAAGUUUUUUAUUGAUUCUCAAUGGAAAAAACAAGAAGAAAAAGUAUAUUCCCUCCUAAAAAAUCCAGCCAAAGGUUUCUUUGACUUAUUGUAUUCACACUGUAGGAGUUUGUUUAACAACAAGGAGUUAGUGGAGUACUUGAAGCAGAGUGCUUUUGAUGCUGUGUUUCUGGAUCCUUUCGAUGUGUGUGGCUUAACUGUUGCCAAGUACUUUUCACUACCAUCUGUGGUCUUUGCAAGAAAUAUAUUUUGCUACUACCUUGAAGACGGUGCCCAAUGCCCCAGUCCCCCUUCUUAUGUUCCAAGAUUUCUCUUAAAAUUCACAGACACCAUGACUUUCAAGGAGAGAGUGUGGAACUAUCUCUCCUACAUGCAGGAGUAUGCAUUUUGCCCCUAUUUCUUCAAAACUGCUACAGACAUUGCCUCUGAAGUUCUCCAGACCCCAGUGACUAUGACAGACCUCUUCAGCUCAGUGUCCAUUUGGUUGCUUCGCAUUGACUUUGUGCUGGACUUUCCCAGACCUGUGAUGCCCAACAUGGUCUAUGUUGGCGGGAUCAACUGCCAGCAGGGGAAGCCACUUUCUAAGGAGUUCGAAGCCUACGUCAAUGCCUCUGGAGAGCAUGGCAUCGUGGUUUUCUCUUUGGGAUCCAUGGUCUCUGAAAUUCCACAGAAGAAAGCCAUGGAAAUCGCUGAGGCUUUAGGCAGAAUUCCUCAGACGGUCCUAUGGCGCUACACUGGAACUAGACCAUCGAAUCUUGCGAAGAACACAAUACUUGUCAAAUGGCUACCCCAAAAUGAUCUGCUUGCUCAUCCAAAGGCUCGUGCAUUCAUCACCCACUCUGGUUCCCAUGGAGUUUAUGAAGGAAUAUGCAAUGGCGUGCCAAUGGUGAUGAUGCCCUUGUUUGGUGAUCAGAUGGACAACGCCAAGCGCAUGGAAACUCGAGGAGCUGGGGUGAUGCUGAAUGUCCUUGAAAUGACUGCUGAUGAUUUGGAAAACGCCCUAAAAACCGUCAUCAAUGACAAGAGCUACAAGGAGAACAUCAUGCGCCUCUCCAGCCUUCACAAGGACCGCCCUAUAGAGCCCCUGGACCUGGCUGUUUUCUGGGUGGAGUUCGUGAUGAGGCACAAGGGGGCGCCACACCUUCGUCCGGCUGCCCAUGACCUCACCUGGUACCAGUACCACUCCUUAGAUGUGAUUGGCUUCCUCCUGGCCAUUGUGUUGACAGUGGUCUUCAUUGUCUUUAAAUGUUGUGCCUUUGGCUUUCGGAAAUGCUUUCGGGGAAAGGGGCGAGUUAAGAAAUCACACAAAUCCAAGACCCACUGAGAAGCAGGUGGGAAGUGAAGGGGAAGUAUCGGUCUCUUAUCCAAUCUGUUUGAAACUUGGAAACAGAAUCAGUGUUAAAUUCACUUUGUUUUUAUUGGGGAAAUAAUUUGCCAUACAUUAUACGCCCAGAACAGUUUUAAAAAAAUAAAAAUUAUCUAAUUACUGGCCACACCAAUCAGGGAAGGUACUAGAAUAUGUGACCUGGUUCUCCAGUAUCUUCAGUCUCUGGACAACACUUGCCGCAUGUUACUAACAGAAAGUUUAGCACUCUGCCUGCAACGACAGCCCCAUAGUUUUCCCUCUCGCUUCAGCUGAUGGCUUCCUCACCUGGAUUCUCAGGCUGUUGUGGCUUUCCCCAGUGCUAGUCAUUCCUCACUGUGCUCAUGCGUUGUGGAUGGCACAGCCUGUGUAGCUAGGGGGAAAAUAAGGCUGUGACACUGAUGGUAAUGUGUCUUGAGAUGAUGACCAUUGCUUGUGAGAAGCGGGUCUGAAUUUGAUGAAAACCAGGAUAUAGUCUUCAGCAAGUACAACUUCUGUAUUGUUUCCCAAGCCAAGCACUUAUUAAUAAAUUAAUAUAAAUUGAA